AUGGGCUGCUUCAGCUGCUCCAAACUACUCUAUAUCGCCAUCCUAGUGCUCAUCACGGCGUAUUUGGGGUAUGUGAUUGCGUUUGUUCCAGUCUACCGAUACGUGGCGAUCAUCGGCAUUCUGCUCCUUAUUGCCUUCAAGUUUUCUGUGUGGCGUUUUCUUCCCUCCGAGAAGGCCUACGUGCGGGAGAAGGCGAAAGCCAUCACAGACAAGCGACUCGCCUUUGUUGCACCUGCAGCAACCGUGUAG